CCCGCUUCGAUCCAUCCUGCAGCUCUGAAAGCCGCCGCCGGUACCGGACGGUCCAGACAGGAUCCGAACAGGAAACCAUGGCAACGGUCUUCAUGGAGACGGUGCUGAGGAGGGCGUGACGCAGCGGAUGAUCGAUGAUCAGAGCUUCCAGGGUUCCUGCUGCCGCUCCUCAGAGAAUCAUGUCUUCCUCCUCUUCCUCGGAGCUGCCCUACUUCUGUCCCCGCUGUGGCGACCAGUACCGCUUCUCAUCCGUACCUGAGCUCCGGGCUCACCUGGUCAGCCGGCACACCUACGAGACCCUGCUGGUGCUGUCGCAGGGUCGGGUCAGAAGUUCUAGACCCGCUGCUCUCCUCCCUCUUCCUGGACCGGAUGUGUCCCACAGCGGGACGUCCUCUCUGAACAUGGACACCCACAGCUUCCCUCCACCGCUGGCCUGCUUGGACCUCGCCUCAUCUUCGGCCUCCAUCCAGCUGCUCAGGGAGAUGUUCAGCCCGCCGGACCGCGCUCUGCCGCCCCCUCCUGGCCAGGCAGAGGUCCCCUCCACCGCGCUGGCCCUACCUGGGUCUCUGGACCUGCUUCCUGGGAAGAACCUCGGCGAUGUGGGGGUCCUGGGCCUGGACUUCAGCCUGUCGGUGGAUAUCGGGCUAGAGGAGCGGCUGGGACUGGGACUGGACCAUAAAAUCGCUCGCACCUUCGCAGAGGUGGAGGAGAGGGUGAACCGGCGCGUUGGACGACUGAAGGCGGAGCUACAGAAGAGGGAGGCGGAGCUUCAGCGAAAAAGGCGUGAUAGGGAGCGGCUGAAGAGAGAGAAGAAGGAGGUGGAGGAGAGGGCGGCGUACCUGUCCAGACAGGUGUCCGCUGCCGUGGAGAUGAUGGAGCGACUAAAGAGAAACCUUUCAGAAAAAGAGACGGAGCUGAGCGAGCGACAACAGGAGAUGGUCGACAUCGAGCUUUUCCUGCGGCAAACGGCAGAGAAGGAAGCAGAGGCCAAAUCCAGGCUGCAGGUUUUCAUCGAGACGUUGUUGGAUCGAGCCGACCGAGCAGAGAGGCAGUUACUGCUGCUCAGCCACAACCACUUCACAAACAAUGACAGGUUUGAAUACGCCGAGCCGUAUUCACCCUCUGAGGUGUACUCACCUGUACCUGGACGAGCUGGGCGGAGCCUGGACGGCAGCGCCGAUGACAUCAUCCCCAACAAGAUGCAGGACAGCAUUGGAAACAGGAGAAGCUACAGUGUCUCAAGUUCCUACAGACUGGGAGAGCAAACACACGGACACCAUCACUACAGUGGUCUGAAUGAGGAAAUGAGGACCUUAUCUCUGGGCUCGGGGGGCUGGGACUGUGAGGGGGGACUGCUCCACUUCCAGCCAUCUCAUUACGCCGCACACUGGACUCCACGGGAAAGAGAGGGAUUUAGACGGAGGGAGAGAGUCUGGGUUGGAGAUGAAGGAUGGGGGAGAACCUGGAGCAGAAGAAACAUUCGACACCACAGCACUGAGGAAGAGGAUGAGGAAGAGGAAGAGGAGGAGGAAGGCCUGUGGAGCAGUCCUGAGAUGACGCACCACAUAUUUGCCAGAAAGCACACACCUGGAACAGACACGCCCUACUCCAUUGGCUCCACCCCCUCCCGCCAUCAUGCCAAGAGGCAGACAGAGGCGGACACCCUAAAGAUGAGGGCGGGGCUGUUCUGCGUCUUCCCAUAUUUGGACGUGCGCUCGUUGCUGCGCGUUGCCGAGGUGUGCCGUGAUUGGCGGUUUGUUGCCAGGCACCCGGCGGUUUGGACACACCUUCGACUGGAAAACGCUCGAGUGUCGACUGAGUUCCUGCAGACUCUGUCUCAGUGGUGCACUCAGACCCAGUCUGUCGUCCUCCACAACCUGAAGCCUCGGAGCCGGCGGGCCGACGAGACGCGGGAGGAUUACCACAGAAACACACGAAGCAGCGUGGAGCCCGGCGUGGAGGCGCUGCUGCGCUCAGCGGGGGGCAGCCUGCUUCACCUCUCCAUCUCCCAGUGUCCUCACAUGCUCAGCGACAGGACGCUGUGGAUGGCCAGCUGCUACUGCAGGCACCUGCAAUCGCUCACAUACAGGAGUUCCUCAGAUCCGGUUGGUCAGGAGGUCCUGUGGGCUCUGGGGGCUGGAUGCAGGAGCAUCAGCAGACUCCAUGUUGCUCCGGCGCACCCCAGCCAACAGCCGACUCGUUUCGGAAACCGCUGCCUGCAAACGAUCGGCAGAUGUUGGCCACAUCUGCGUUCCCUCAGUGUGGGCGGGGCUGGCUGCAGCACUCAGGGAUUGGUUACUGUUGUGGGCAGCUGCCCUCGCCUGCAGGUGCUGGAGCUGGAGCGCAUUACUGACCUGAGCCUGCAGGUGGCGACAGAGCUCUGUAAGGCUGGACUGAAGAAUCUACAGAUGCUGAUUCUGACCCACACACCGGUCAGCGGCCAGGCCAUCCUCCACUUCCACAGUGUUUGCAGUAACAUCAGGUCCAUCGUGGUGGACAUCUCAGUGUCAGAUUACUUUGAGGAGCCGGAUACUCAGGAAGCGAAACACCUGUUUGGAGAAAUUCUCAGCACUCUGAAGGUCCUUCAGACUCGGGCCGGCCUUUGUGACGUCCUCCAGGUCAAAGCAGAAGGAUUCUCCUGACCUCAACAGCCACACAUCCAGGAUCCGACUCUCCUUACCUCCAAGUUUACGACUAAAGAUGCAGAAAAGGGCACAAAUAUCUCAUUUACAACCAUCUUACAUGUAAACCUUUAUUCUUACCGUAUUUGAUACAAAAAGUACAUCUCUAUUUUUUCCCGUUUAUAGUUUAAACUAAAGAAACAUUAGCAGGUUGUUAGAUCAGUGAGGCUCAGCAGGACCUUCCCGUCUCCAUUUAACGCAGCAGAAACAGUGAAUUCAUGGCAGCUCAUUUGCGUUUACUUACUGAACUUUAUGGAAGAAGUAGUUAUUUCCGAAAUACAACAACCUGUAUUAUAAAUGUAUAGAAAACAAUGGGAUGUAAAUAGAAAGAGGUAACGAGCUGAGAUCCACCACAGUUUGUUUCAAAAUCAAAAUUUAAGGCCAGAAUACAAAAAAAUAACUUUAUUGCUUCUUGAUUUUUGCUUUUUUUUAAUGAAAAACAUAAAACAUUGAACAUUAGAAACUACAGUUUUGGUGAACGCACAUCACUGCCUCUGAUAUCAUUGCUGAACACAGGGUUUUAUAAAUGAUGUAUUACAUACCAUAAACGUCCUGUUUACAACUUCUGAUUAAAACUAUAAAUUUUGCUCUACAGAUGCAGCAGCGAUAAAUGGACUGUUUAUAAAUCCUAAAGAAAGUUUCCACUUUCCACAUUGAAGAGAUGCAUGAUGGGAAAAUCCCCCUGAGGAACGUAGUGUCGUAGUUUAGCGAUUAAACCAAUGCUUGGUCACUUGUUUAAAAUAUCCCCUUUUCUUCCUAAAUUAAAUCCUUCUAGCACUUAAAACUAAAUUAGUUUAACUUUCCAACUUAACAGCACUUAAUAUUUAUGCACCCGUUUAUGUUUUUACUCUAUUUUUAUAAAAUAAGCACAAACUUCUCCUUUAACAAUCCUUAUAUACUUUUACCUUAAAGUCACGUUCUGCCUAAAAGCCAUAAUCCUGUUAGAGAAAAACCUUUAGUUUUAUUCUUUAGAUUUAGAUAAAAAAAAAAAUUAAUAUUACCUCAGUUAAGAAGCACAGAAACACACAAAAAGCACAAAUACCUUUUGCACAAGAAGGUGAGGAGUGUGGAAUUAUGCACUAAAACAAAGGAUGCAUGAAUCAAUCAGCGCGGCGGGGGUGUCGAUGGAAAAUACUUUGACUAUUUUAAAUAUGAUUAUAUGUAAGAGUUUACCUUCAAUAAAUUCCU